AUGGCAACUGAAUUGAUCUUCAUUACCGGCGCAACUGGCUUCAUUGGCAGCGCCACCACCCUGACAGCGUUGAAAGCUGGAUACAGGCUGCGAGUUUGUCUUCGAAAGCCAUUGGAAAAGCUCAAGGCUGCUCUCUCAGAGUAUAGCCAGCAAGUUGAAUAUGUCAUCGUCCCAGACAUCACAGACGAAGCCGCAUUCAAGGGCAAGCUCGACGGUGCAGACUAUGUCUUGCAUCUUGCCUCCCCCCUUACUCAAGGCACGGACAAGGAGUCAUAUUUCCGCCCAGCGGUGAAAGGGACUAUCGCCGUGCUGAAUGAGGCCGCCAAGGUGGCAAGCAUCAAGAAGGUCGUUGUCACUUCAUCCAUUGCGGCCCUGAUCCCACUGAAUGGGAUUCCGGAGGGUGGUGUUCUCAAAGAGGACAAUGACUGGGACUUUAGCGUGAACGAAGCCGCUGAUUUUACCGAUCACAACAACCCUGCCGGAACACCCAUGAGACUCUACCUCGCAUCCAAACAGCUUGCAAAUAAUGCUACUUGGGAGUUUUGGAAGACCACUAAGCCUCAUUAUGAUUUGGUCACAAUUCACCCAUCGUUCGUAUUCGGCCAUAAUCUAGUGCAGACGUCCGCGGAGGAAAUCAGUGCUUCCUCGAACGGAUUACUCUGGAAGUCCAUUAUGACCGGCGUCCCAGUUGGGUCGGUGACUGGUGUGCACAUUCAGGAUGUCGCCGAUGCACAUGUCAAAGCUCUGGACCCGGAAGUCAGCGACGGCUCGAAGUAUUUGAUUUCGGGGAAUAAGGCGACAUGGGCCGAGGUGGCGCAAAUUGUACAGAAGUAUUACCCCAAUAUUGGUGCAAGAAUUACGGCAGAUGUAGAGGGUGAAUCGUGGCCAACUGAUACGACCAAGGCCGAGAAAGAUCUCAAGAUACAAUGGCGCUCUUUGGAACAGAUGGUGCGGGAGGUGGUGGAUCAGCAACUGGGCUUUGUCAAGAACUGA